GUACCGACUUGGUAUAAUCGACCCUGAUCGGAGAAGAUGGUAAUGUGUCUAUCAUAACCCGCGCUUCCUGUGUUGUAACGUUCCCAUUAGCCUAUUGCCCCUCUCAAUGGGAAGCUCUGGAUAGCAUCAUGGACGCACCAGACAUGACGGCGGCGGAUGUAUAUGUGUUUUUCGGCUCUUCAGCUUUGCUUGUAGCUUUGGGAAAUUAGUCGUAAGCUCCGUCUUGGUGUUUUGAUGAUGGCGAGGGUGGUAUUUCGUUGUCGUUGGUUGUUUGUACGCGUUGCUUCGGCGGCCUAGAGCUUGACGUUCGUUCGGGAUCGACGGACGCACGGACCGUCAUCAGCCACAGCUGUCCAAAAUCUCUGCUGCUGCCUCCCAUUCGACCUUUGCAUACUGACAAACGCUGCACUGCGAGCUGAUUCGGCUUGAGCGAUGAGAGAAAAGACCGAGGCAUAGAGUAAAAAGGAUUGCCAUUGCCUACUUUGAACAUGGCCCAAGACAGCAAUUUCGUUCCAGCAUGGAAGAGACUGGGACUAAAGCUCAGGAGUGACGGCCAAUCCGGAGACACCGCGCCUGACGUGAAUGAACCACAGAACACCGCUCGACGAUCCAUAGAACAACGCAAUGGACCAAAAAGCGGAAAUGAGGAUUCCGUCCCGCAUGUUGUGCCCACUGAGAUUGGAACACCGUCCAAGCUUGGCAAGAGAAAACAUGUAGACAACUCGGCUGAAGAGCAGCACCAAACGCCCAAGAAAAGUAAAACGAAGCAAUCCUCACCAGAGAGCGCUCCUAUCGCACCCGCCGUAGAUCCAGUCGCGGCCGCAAAGUCAACGCCCCAGGCAGGCAAUUCCAAAGGAGAUCCAAAUUACCGAAAGAAGAAGACCAAACGCCCUACUGGUGGUUCGUCAGGUGAGAGUCGCCGACUUGAUGAUGGUUCUACUCUACUUCCCUCUACGGAAAAUGGAUACUCAGCUUCACUUCGACUCGCCACACCCGAGCAAGCGAGAUUCAACCCAUCCUCGAGCCAUGAGGCAUCCAAUGCCACACUUCACUCUUCACCCUCUCGUGCGGAUCGUCGCAAAUCCGUAACAUUCACUCCAGACACGAAAACCAGUGACGGCAACAGCGCCCAGAAUCUCUUCAAGAAGUGGGUUUCAGAGCAAAAAAGCGAAGAAGGGGGCUUCUCAUCAGCUGAGGUGAACCAAUUUGCACCCCCUCCCAAAUCUCACCCUGCAAACGAUAUGCCAACGAGUCAGCCUGUCCGUACUGAGGAAGCUUCCAAAAAGAAGAAGCAGAAGAAGAACAACGGCAAAGCCGACAACAAGACGCCCACAGACAGCCAGACAGCCAAAUCUGGAACUGAUUCUCAACCCAGGGACACGAAUGUAUCAAAAGGAAAGAAGGAUUUCUCGCUAUAUACCUCCUACCUGACACAGUAUCACGAGGACCGUGAUAAUUGGAAGUUCAACAAGGCCAAGCAAAACUCGCUAUUGGAUAACGCUCUCAAUAUAUUCCGCAUUCCGAACGAACAUAUGGAUGCACUCGUAGCCUACGUGCAAGGCCUUAAGGGGGCCUCGCUCGUUGAUCGCCUAAUAGAGAGGUGCGAGACUAAGAUUAAGGAGCUUGAUGGAAUGAGUCCCAAAACGGCUCUUACGGACGAGGAAGCACGCGAUUUCGCACGGCUCGAAGCGCUUGACGACCAAUUAUCGCGGGAAAAGCGAAGGCGACAGACGAAUGCCGAUCUGGAACAAAUCGCCGGCCAUCCAUUCCCCGAAGCUUUUGUCGGGCGAUUAGAACGUCGACGCGCCGCAGCACUCCUCGAAGCUCUGAAUAUGUCUUCUCCAUUUGCGCCCAAGGAGCCGUUGAAGCAGCCAGUUGCCCACCUCAAGUUCGGGGAUGACACCCCGAUGCCUCUUGUACGAAACUCACAAAAGCGCAAAUCAAGGACCGACAUCUCCAGCGACGAGUCCAGUAGUGAUAGCAGCAGUGAGGAUUCAAGUUCUGACGAGUCCAGCUCUGAGGAUCCCAGCUCCGACGAAUCAAGCUCGGAAGAAGAUUCUGACGAGUCAGAUUCAGAAGCGUCAAGUGAUGCAGACGGUCCGGCCAGCGCUUCUUCGGACGGCGAUUCUAGCUCGGAUAAGAACGCUAGCGACAAGGAAGACGCAGAGUCCACUGAUUCAGAGAGUGAGGAUGAUAGCGACUGAAAGGCGCCGGCGCAUCUUCGACUUCCUGUUUACCAGCUCUGUAUAUAACUCUAGAUUGCCAUCCUCUCAUUCGUGUUAUAUUGACCUCUUUGCAACUUUGAACUGGCUGUGCUGGUGGCAUUGCCAUCCAUUAGCUUCAUACAAUUACCCUGUGCGAUGUCCUGAUGUCAGCCAUAAUAGUUGAUUAUGAGUGAAUUGAUAUGGAGUCAAUGUUGGAAUAAAUUACUACAAACCUCAAAGACGCGAUCCUGAGGUCGAUAUCA